AUGGAUCCUUUUACUGAGAAAUUGUUGGAGAGGACGAGGGCUCGCAGAGAGAACCUACAGAAAAAGAUGGCUGCCAGACCAAACGCCGCAGAGCGACAGAUGGCGAAAAGAACAAGAGAGCCUCUGACGGAUACUAAUGGACCGGUCGCUCGAGCCGUUAUCGAUGAAGUUCCUCAGACGUCCUCCAAACCUUCUCCAUCCAAGCGCAGGUGUUCUGCAGAAAAUGUGAAGCCCGUAGUAGAAAGCGGUCCUAUUCUUCCGGAUCCCCCGACAGACAAGAAACCCCCUACGGUCCCGGCGUGCGUCCGACCUAUACCUUCCGCGGUCGCGACGGACCCUGCUCCGCCUGCGGAGUUGAAGACUGUCCAGCUCGAGCCCCAAAAGAUGGCUACUCACCAGCGGACGACGUCAAAAGUUCCUGUUAGUCCCGCGAGGGAAGACCCAGAUUCGGUGGCCCCUGCCGCUGGUAUGAAGUCACGUCUGCAGAGGCUUGCUGAACAGAGGAAAUGCUGGGAUAGCGCCGACUCCGGCAGCACAGAUGCGACACCUCCGUCCCCGUCGAGAUCCGACGUCCGUCUCCCGACGUCCGCCGCGAGCCGAGGCGGACGGAGAGAAAGACUGGCCGUCCUCGCCGCGACCAUCGGAACUUGGGAAGACGACACGAGCCGUGUCGACGUUUCGAAAGAGAAAGAGCCCGACGCGGGUUUCGCUUCCGUACGGGCACGCGUCGUUUCCGUCAAGCGAAACGACGAGCGUUCGGCGGUCUCAAAUGGGGAUGCAAACAUGUCAAGCCCUGACAAAAGUGACACUCCUGCAACCAAAUCAGCACUCGAUUCAGUAACAAGUUCCCAUGGACCGCCAUCUUCGCAGUCAUCGUCUCAAAGCUCUGUAAAAAGUCCCGAUUUGGCCUCGGAUUCUCAAAAAGCAAAUAUGUCCGGCUCCGCUGUCCCGCAGGCAAAGAACGUUGCUCGUCCUCCAGGAGUCCAGGUGAAAUCCUUCCUGGACCGAUUUCAAGAGAGAUGCCAAGAGCACGCCAACUCCCCGGCGGGGGGGAACGACCGGUCGCCCGCGGUCCUUCGGUCGGCGACGCCGAGCAACACGCCCGUGCGAAACAGGUUUCUGGCCGCUCCGGCCGCCAAAACCGCCACGGCGGAUCUCGCCGAGAAACACAAGCUGGAACGCGAGUCUGAGCUCGCCCAGAUUCGUCGUUGCCACCAGAAGAAUCAUUUUUGGAAAAAUAAAGAUGAACAAUUGGUGGAGGAAAGGGCAGAACCCCACGCUGGGACCGUCUCUUCAGCAUAUACGGUUUUACGUUGUUCCUUCCUUCCCGGUCCCGCGCGCCAUCGACGGAAAGAUGACACCGAGACGCACGAGGACAAAUUUGGCGAGACGACAAAAGAAGACGACGGAAAGGCCGGAUGGCACGCCGACCGGUCCGUGGAUUCCGCGGUCAUCGACGAUCUGUUCGAGGGAGUUCUGGAGCAGGAGGAGGAAGACGCUUUGAAUAUCUCGUCCAUGUCCCUUCUUACGCCGGUGGCAGAAAGCGUGGCCGCUGUUGUCAAGAGUCCACAGAGGAGCGUGAUGACCUCGACUCCAGCGUGUUCUUUCUUGGAGAAGAAUGAGACGCCAGACGACGUGAGCCAACCUUCCAAAUUCCAGAGAGCCAAUAUAAGGAGUGUCCUAUCCGACAGUAUCGAGGAGGACCAUAAAUUACUUUAUAGUAUCGACGCCUAUAGGUCCGUUCGAUUGAAGGAGCCCGAGAAGGAGGCGCCGGUGAAAAAAGAUGCUCCUCGCAGAGCGGAGGAAGUGCGAGGACCCGCCUUGUUUAGCCUCAAACAGAAGUUGAAGAUUCUGACCAACGAGAUGAACCUGCAGCAAACCAUCAUCCACCAGGCCAGCCAGGCUCUCAACUGCUGCACCGAUGAGGAACACGGCAAAGGAUCCCAGGUGGAGGCUGAGGCAGAGAGACUCUUGCUGGUCGCCACUGAGAAAAGGGAGGCGCUCAAGACGGAGCUGCAGCGUCUGAAGGGCGAGGGUCAGAAAAAAGAGCCGACGGCGUCCGAGAGCGUCUCGCCCUCCGAGGGCUCCGUUUGCCUGCAGGAACUACGCCUGCCCCUCAAGGCGGACUUUGUUUGCUCCGCCGCAAACAAAGCGGAGUCCACCAAGCAUUCUUUCUUCCUCAUGAUUCGGGCCGGAGCCGAAAACACGGUGGCCACUCCCCUGGCGAGCACGCACCGCGGGCUCAGCGGGGACACCCUCACCUUCCCCACAAAGUUCAGCGUAUCCCAUGUCAGCAGUGAGUUUGCCAUUGAUCUUGAAGUCUAUUGUCUGAUUCAAAAGCGUGAAAUUGGUGGCGACAAGAAGAAGAAAGCCAGCAAGUCAAAGGCCAUAACGCCAAAGCGAUUUCUGGCCAUCACGAAAGGCGCCCAAACACCAGUUGUCGCGAGCCCAGGCGGCCCCGGCGCCGUUCGCACCAGCAACUUUGUCCUGGUGGGAUCUCACAAGCUGACGCUUUCUUCUAUUGGGGCAAAAAGGUUUCCUUUGGAAAAGGUCCCAUUUUUGUGUCCUUUGGAGGGCCACGUCUACCUCCAGAUGCUGUGCCAAGUCAGCAUGAAAGUGGAAGAAAAAGGUUUUCUGACCAUGUUUGAAGACGUCAGCGGAUUUGGAGCCUGGCACCGAAGGUGGUGCAUUUUAUCGGGAAAUUGCAUCUCCUACUGGACGUAUCCAAAUGAUGAAAAGACAAAGAAUCCCAUCGGCCGUAUCAACCUAGCCAAUUGUACCACUAAGAGUGUGGAACCGGUCAACCGAGAGUUUUGCGCCCGACCCAACACGUUCGAGCUGAUCACAAUCCGACCGCAAAGAGAGGACGACAAAGAGACUCUCGUUAGUCAUUGCAAGAACACCAUGUGCGUUACCAAAAACUGGCUGAGUACGGACACUAAAGAUGAGAGGAAUGUAUGGAUGAAGAAGCUGAACCAGGUUUUAAUGGAUUUGCGCAUGUGGCAACCAGAUGCCUGUUACAAGCCUCUGUAA